AUGAUAUAAAGAGUAAAAGGUACAGGGAGAGGUGCAUUCGUUACGACUUAAGGGAACCUUUGUACCAUCGACGAAGAUCUCAAGAUGUUCGUAGCAUUCGUGUUCAUACCUCUUGUGGCCGGGAACGUCUUUAUGGAAAGCAGUAUUCGGCGUGUUCCGGAAAUAACAGAAAGACAGGACUGGUCGAAAAAAACCUACAUGUUAUUUGACCCCUGCAAUACUAACAAACCUGGAAAUCGAACGGUAAGCUGUUCCCAGAUAAAAAUGAGGGAACGCAGCAGCAAGCAAAUAAAACACACAAUUUAUCCUCGUGACAAAUCAGUAGAAGUGGACUGUGACAUGGAGACCGAUGGCGGCGGAUGGACGGUGAUUCAACGUCGGACCGAAUAUGAAGUCACCAAUGACAAGUUCGAGAAAGAAUUUGAAGAUUAUGAGCGUGGAUUUAGGACAAGAGCCGGUAGAGCCCUCUGGAUAGGACUUGAAAAUCUUCAUGCACUUACGAGUUUUCCGAACAACCAACAAGCUCUCAGAAUUGAACUGAAAACAAAAGGAGCAAAGGAAACUACAGUAUUGCUCUAUCACAAAUUUCUCGUCGGCUCCAAAGAGGAGCAUUACAAGCUGACCAUCGACGAGUACGAGGGUCCUGAACGUCACAACGCGUUAUCCUACCACAACGGAGAGAAGUUCACCACCAAGAAGAGCAUGAUUGAAGCACCUGACCGAGACGAGUGCUCCGGAGGAACUCUAAGUGGUGGCUGGUGGUUCAAGAGAUGUAACAAGGCAAAUCUAAACGGACGUAAUUUCAAGCACCCUUCGUCAAUAAGGGGCCUCGGUAUUACCUGGCACAUAAACGGCAAAGACGACUCCUACAAUUACAUCUACGAAAGUGUGGAAAUGAAGAUCAGGAACAAUGACUUUGGUUUCUGCACGGGCGCUUUUAAAUACAAACAAAACUAAUUUCUAAUUUCUGUUGGGUGCGAAAAAAAAAAAAGCACUGAAUCGCGCGGAAGUUGCGUUUUACAAUAUGCUCCGUGAAUUUUUAGCUUUUUGACCUUUCUCUGCAAAUUUUGGAAAUAAAAUACCACUUCUAGAGAGCACGAUUCGCUUACCGUGGCUCUCCCGGCUA